GUUGCCACCUCUCUCUCCUGACUUCAGUCCUUCGGACGAAGAGCCUGCUCAAGUCCGAUGGGAGCAGUGUCGGUGUAUCCAUGAUGUUUACAAAGGAGUAAAUAUCAAUAUGACUAGAGUCUGAGGAAGGGCUUCUGUGUUCCUACCAAAAGCUUGCUGGUGCAGAGGAACAGGCAAGGAGAGCAGCAGGGGCAUUUUGAGCUACCAUGGAUGUCCCCACCGAUUUAGUGCCAUCGUCCAUGAUGUCCCAACCUGAGGUGAUUGAGUCCACAGCCAUGAGUGAACCACAGUGCUACUACAAUGAAACCAUUGCCUUCUUUUAUAACCGAAGUGGAAAAUAUCUAGCCACUGAAUGGAACACUGUCAGCAAGCUUGUAAUGGGACUGGGGAUUACCGUCUGCAUCUUCAUAAUGCUGGCCAACCUCUUGGUUAUGGUGGCUAUUUAUGUCAAUCGCCGGUUCCACUUUCCUAUUUAUUACUUAAUGGCCAACUUAGCUGCUGCGGACUUUUUUGCAGGGCUGGCCUACUUUUACUUAAUGUUCAACACAGGACCCAACACUAGAAGACUGACUGUAAGCACCUGGCUUCUCCGUCAGGGUCUCAUUGAUACCAGUCUGACAGCCUCUGUGGCCAACUUGUUGGCCAUUGCCAUUGAGCGGCACAUUACGGUCUUCCGAAUGCAGCUGCACACUCGGAUGAGCAACCGCCGGGUGGUCGUUGUCAUUGUUGUUAUCUGGACUAUGGCCAUCGUCAUGGGGGCCAUCCCGAGUGUCGGAUGGAACUGCAUUUGUGAUAUCACCCACUGCUCCAACAUGGCACCGCUCUAUAGUGACUCCUACCUGGUCUUCUGGGCUAUUUUCAACCUGGUCACUUUUGUGGUCAUGGUGGUCCUAUAUGCUCACAUCUUUGGGUACGUUCGCCAAAGGACUAUGAGAAUGUCCAGGCACAGUUCUGGACCCCGCAGGAAUCGGGACACCAUGAUGAGCCUCCUGAAGACUGUGGUCAUUGUGCUUGGUGCUUUCAUAAUCUGCUGGACCCCAGGAUUAGUCUUGCUGCUCCUCGACGUUUGCUGUCCCCAGUGCAAUGUCCUGGCCUAUGAAAAAUUCUUCCUGCUCCUGGCAGAGUUCAACUCUGCCAUGAACCCCAUCAUCUACUCCUACCGGGACAAGGAGAUGAGCGCGACGUUCAAGCAGAUCCUGUGCUGCCAGCGCAGCGAGAGCGCCAACGGCCCCACCGAGGGCUCGGACCGCUCGGCCUCGUCCCUGAACCACACCAUCCUGGCUGGCGUGCACAGCAACGACCACUCCGUGGUGUGACACCACGGCCAGCCCCUGGCCCACACAGAGCAGCAGGCGUGGCCCCGGGGAAGGUAACCCACUCACGUUUUCUCAAACACUAAUGGGCUACAAGUGCAUCUUUUCCAGGGGGCCUGGCAGACCGGCGCAGACUGCCCUGCCCACAGGAUUGGCCGUGCUGCAAAGCCUUUGAUUUCUGCUUUGAAAAAUUAGAACAUGGUUGCUUUGCAGAAGAGGCCAUCAGUGAUCCACAGAAAGCCUUGCUGAGACUUUGUUGGACUUUGCUGCAUCUUGGUGCCAGUCUGAAUCAACUCUGAUUAAUUAAGCUUAUACCUGCUUCACUGCAUUUACAUGUAGCCACUUAGUAUUUUUAAAAAGGGAGUAAAGGGGAUAAAAAUAUGCCUAUCAUUUAAUAGACAUGUAAUAUGUAUCACCAUCAGCAUGCUUGUGAUGAACAUUUUCUGUGCAGGGAGUAAAACUGUGCUCUAGUCUUUGUAUCCUUAACCACACUGUCAUAACUACAGUAAAAAGAAAAGUAUUUUUUUCUAACACAGGCAACAGGAAGAUGAGGGAAACUGACUCUUCUUACCUUCAUUAUUGGUGUUAGAGAAUGCAUGUUCUGUGUGUAUGCAGAUUGUUUCAAUUAUGAAAAAAAAAUCUCUUUGUAAAGUCUGCCGGAAAGUAGAAAAACAUAGACUGUAUUCCAGUGUUUGUUUAGAUUAUGAAAUAAACAGUACUUUAGUCACAA